UCCCCACUAACAACAAACCUAAUCAAAAAGCUACAGCUACAAGGCUCAUCAUCAAGGAUGAUUCCAAAUGCAAACAAUCUUUCUUGCUUUGCUUGCAUUCUGGUGAAACUGAGGAUGCAAACAGGUCAGAGUGAUGUGUUACUUCCAAGGCAAUCUUCCACUGAACAGGAUGCAUCAUCCCAGAUGAGAUGAGACAUCUCACCUCACUGUAGGAGACUCACUGAAGCAGAUCAAGGCAAAAGGUGAGCCAGGAUAAUGAGAGGUUGAACACAAUGACUCACCAACUCGAGGAAAACUACACUGUACUUUUUUUUUCUUUUUCUUUUUUCUGUUCUUCAGGCAACAAACUGGCUGUGAUUUCAUGGUGCAGGACAGCUGCAGGGGAGAGGGAGAGGAGGGUGUUUUCUUCUCCCUGAGAGCCGGAGGCAAUGGCCAAGGUGCCUGAUCUCGGCUCCGACUUCGCCCAGAAGCUGCUGCUCGACCUCCGGCGCCGCCGCGAGAGGCUCGGCUUCGACUCGCCGGCGCCGCCGCAGCGCACGUCGUCGUCCAACGCCGCCGUUCUUCCUCGAGAUUCUCAUUCGAGUUCUCAGAGGCCACAUCGAAGCCAGAAGCCACAACAAGCAGCUCCUCGAGCAGGAAGAGCAGAAGCAACAGCAAACAGAUCACACCCACAGAGCGGCAAUGCCAUUGCCGGAGCCGGCAAGCCGCGCCACCGCGCCACGCCGGUCGCCAAUUCGCACCAAAUCGUGCCAUUCCAAGGAGGAGGCAGCGCCAAGCAGAAGCCCGCGAACAGCAGCAUCGACGUGCAGAUGGCGCUGGCAAUCGCUCUCAGCAACAGAGGCAAGCUCCAGAACAUCGAGCUCGUGUCGCGCAACGGCUCCAUCUUCUUCAGGGACACGGAUCACGCCAUGCCGGAGAGCCACCUCGUGUCGCCCAGCGCGCACGUCGGCAAGGUGGCGAUCGGCGUCAAGAAGCUCAAUGACAUCCUCAUGGUGUACUCAUCGGGCGGCGGCGCGAGGGACACGGGCAGGAGGAGCUCGGUUGACAUUGGGAGGGAGCUCUUCGGAGGAGCCAUGGAUUUGGAGGAGUCACUAAGCAUGCUUGUGAUGCUUCAGGAGGCAUCAGAUUACAUGGAAGGAUCCGGGAAUGGCAAGGUGUUGCUACUGGAGGGCAAGGAGAACUUGAAGAACUCGGCGCGUUCGCCGAGUUCCGCAAGGCUGGUGGAGAUUGUUGAUGAGGAUUCAGAGGCCGAGCAAGCCAAGAACUCGAAGAGUCUGUCAAUGCAGAUAGUUCCUCACAAGAAUUCACAAGGUUUCAGUACUCCAAACAGCUCAUCAGUCUUGCAGGUCUCUACUGUUACAGGCAACAAUUCCAGGAGCAAUUCUUCUAAAGCUGACAAGGAUGAUGCAAAAGUCAGGAUGCCUAAUGUGAUUGCCAAGCUGAUGGGAUUGGACAAUCUUCCAUCAACCAAGGUAGCAAACAAGGGCAUGGAGAAGUUUGUGAAACCUGAAGCAUUGUCAAGAAAGGAUAGGAGGACGAAUUUGGUCGGCGGCAGAUUGCCGAUUCAGAUUAUAGGUUCAGAAAGGGUGUCAUCCAAAGGACACAACAUGAAUUUGCUGCCAGGUGAGUGGAAGAUUGGCCUGAAAAAUUAUGAAGUAUACAAAAGUGCUAAUUUGCAGGUGUCUAAUAGUUCAUCGAUUCCUGCGGCUGAUAAGCAAACAAGGCAAACCAUGAGACAAAUGUUAAGCAAAAUGGAGAAUGCAGAGAGAAGAGGUAGUCUAGGACAACAACUCCAUGAGGAGAAGAAACUGACUGAAGAAACUAAUCAGCAGAAGGUUGCGAAUGUUGGAUGCCGCACCGAUGCAGGGAAAAAGAUGGAUUUUCUGAAAAGAAUUAGGAAAAUUUCAGGCAGCAGACAAGUCACUGAAGAGAAGCACAUUAUUCAAGAAGAGAGCACAACAGGGAAGAAGCAAACUACAAGCAUGAAACAAUUGCUGGGCACAGACAGUGAGGAUAAAUCUAAGAUAACUAGAGUUAAGUUUAACAAGGAAAACCUUGCCACUACUGAAAUCAAGAAUGCAGCAAGAGGGAAGAACGGCAAAACAGAUCAACGGAAGCGGCAAUCAUACAAUAAACAGACAGAUGUACAUAGCAUGCCAAAGAAAUCUCAGAAAUAUCGUGAAAUGAAGAGUAAAGAAGGCAUUCAGAACUUAGAGCACAAGAGGUCAACAAAGUCAGAAGCGACACAAUUGAAAAUUCUCCCAUAUACUGCAGAGAUACAGCAAGAGAAUGGAAAGCAUGAAGAAGAUAAUGAUAUUGUCAAGCCAUCAGAUAGCCAUGGGGAUGGAGGUAUUUCUGAGCAAUUUGCAGGAAUGGUGGAAGACAGCAGAACAACUGGAAUGGCUUCCCCAGACCAAUUUAUGAAGCAAAUAACUGAAGUGACCUCAAUUGAUGUGCAUGCAAGUGAUAGAUCAAAUGUGGUAGAUCAGAGUGUAACUCAAACAAAUGAUGACACAAGUUCUAAUACAGCUAGUGAAACUACACAAACACCAGAGACAUUCACAGAGGGGGAACAUCACCAAAAUCUGCAAUUAGUGGAGUUUAAAGAGAAACCGUUGGAUGAUUUGGGUGAUGCCAAAGAGACCAGCAAUCCAACGGAUUUGCAAGACCAAAAGAUGCAUGUGGUCUCGUGUGAUUCAUUCACAGAGAAUCAGCUACUGCUUAUGAGAAUGUUGCUAAAGGAUCAAUACUUGCUUGAAACUGCAAAGGCUCUUGUCAGAAAUCCUGUCCCUGUACAUUUUGUCAAUGCCAGUGCAGAUAGAUGGUCAGAGAAAGGCAGCUCUCUUUUUUCAGAUAUAGCGCGGGAAGUUAUCAGAAAGAAAGGUAAAAGAACUGAGGCAAUUGUAGAAGUUAGCAUGGCAAACACAACUAACAUGAAAUUGCAAUACUUGGAUGAUCUUAUCAUGGAACUGGAUGGAGAUAUUGAGAGCCUGAACAUCUCCAAGAAAUCUCAACAUCUGGGUGAAGAUUGCACAGCUGAAAAUUUGCGAAUGAUACUUCACAGGGACAUGCAAAACAAUCAUCCGGAUGCUAACUCGAUGUGGGAUUUCGGUUGGAACCGCAUUUCUGACCUUCCGAUUGAGAGAAAUGAAGUCGUCAGGGAUUUGGAGAAGAACAUAUUGGGUGGCAUGAUCACAGAUGUAGCAAGGGAGCUAAUUGAAUUAUCAGUACGCCAUGGGUGCUGUGCCUGUGAGGCCUGAGUGAGUGUCAGACUGACUUUGAAACGUGAUACAAGAGUUGAUUUCUGAAAGUGAUUGAUCUUAGGUUAGAUUUGUAUAUUUACCAAGGUUUUCCAGUAAAUAUAUACAUAUAUUUUUGCAAGAUUUCUGUACAUAGAGGAAUUUGUACGUGCGUUGAGCAGCAGCAUUCUCUGCCUGUCUUGACUACUAGUACCUCAUCUCUAUCUGUGUGCUUUCUUUCUCGGAUU